UGCGCAAAUAUAUCCUGUAUAUCUUGCUGGUCAACUGCCUACAACCCUUUGCACAAUGUUCAAGCCUUCACAACCGAUGAUGGCGCGGCUGCGCCUGACGACGAAGCAAGUCAAUGGUGGCUACUAUAAAGGAAACCGGACCGGCUCGAUGGGUUACUUCGCGAAGAACGGCUCUUAUGUGAUCGACUGGAAAAAAGUUCGAACUUAUGCUGUCCCCGAGAAUCUGGAUGACUUCAAGCUUACCCCGUUCGUCACGAAACUUAUGGCUCCGACCAAGAGCAAAUACACCCAAGACGUAAUCCAGAAUAGUCGGAUAAUCGAACGUGAACGGGGAUUUAGUGGGAAGGACUACCUCGACCUGUGGGCGUCAGACAACGGACAAGAAGUGCUUGAACAGGAGCGACUCGAACAACAAUCAGCGUCAACUCCCACACCGCGUCAAUAGUCUAUCUCAUUCAAGGGCCAAGGCAUAUCCAUGGGAGCUAGGGCAGGACCAUGAUAUAGGUCUCCUUGAUGAAACCUUCAACCUCGGUCCGGCUUGCAUAGGUGUAGGCUAUCGUUUGUGCAGACCACUCGGCUUUUAUGAGGUAUCACCGCUACGCUUUACCUACUCCCGCUUGAUUUGAACUCUUCUGUAUUAUUAUAUUGUACUUUAUAUACGGUGUAUGGUGAAUAGGUUCGUGCCUGUUUGAGUGGGUCCACCAUCGUAUUUUCGCACAAGAUACCAAAGUGGCAGGGAGACAGAGCACCUUAUGCCUCCUGGAUACUGUCAUUACGUCUCUUGAAAGAUCUUAUCUUCGUUUGUUGGCGUAUUUAUGGGUCUUGCAUCUCAGCCUCUUCCUUUGACUUUCUUCAAACCAUGUCAUAUAGAAAUACUGUUUCUAAAUACUAAAUGAAUUAGAUGAUCUGCUAUAGAGCCAGAACAAGGAUUGACAGUGAUUUGAGGGAAUGGACCAUCGAGCUCAUUUUCG